GUGCAGCAGCAUUCGGCUUGCAGGAAGUCAGGAGGCGGCAGCAGCAUCCAGAGUUUGAAGGGGGAAAGAGCAGCAUCACUCACCCAAAGGGGCGACGCCACGUCUAUCUCUCUCGCUCUCUCUCUCAGACACAAACACACAUGAAAUCGUGAGAAGCUCAGCAGGAGGAACACUUUGGAGAACAGGGCUGCGUCCAUCGCUUCAUCCAUCCAUCCUUCCAUCGCCGGGACUGAUAUGCUCUCUGUCAUUCAUCUAACCUCUAACCUUGCCUCGCCGUAGCCGUCUCCGCCUGCCCUGCCCGUGCGUGUGUGUGUGUGCUUUUGCCUCAUUCGACAACUAACCAAGAGGAACCCAGACAGGUAGCUAGCCCUGCACCGCCGUCAUGAACUUCCUCCGCCGCCGCCUCUCGGACAGCAGCUUCAUGUCCAACCUACCCAAUGGCUACAUGACGGACCUCCAGAGGCCGGACCCACCAGCACCUCCUCCCCCGACUGCCUCAUCCCCUUCCCAGCAGGGACCCCCCACCUCCUCUCCCACCAAAGCUCCAGUCCCGUCCCAGGUCCCGGCCAGCUCACCGGCACCUCAAGAGCGGCGCCCGUCCCAGCAGGCUCAGCAGCCUCCACAGGCCCAGUCCUCUUCCUCUUCUGGUGGUACCUCUGGCUUCUUCAGCUCCUUCAGCUCCAUCACCAACGCGGUCAAGCAGACUGCUGCAUCUGCCGCAGGGUUUGUGGAGCAGUCGGCUCCAUCUCCAUCUCUCUCCAAGAAGUUUAAGACCCUACUGGUCAUUGAUGAGCCUCAGCAUGAGUGGGCCAAAGUAUUUCGGGGAAAGAAGGUUUUCGGGGAGUAUGACGUCAAAGUGGAGCAGGCUGAAUUCCCGGACAUCAACCUCAUCUCACAUUCAAAUGGAACUUGCAGCGUGGACAUGCAGGUCAUCAAGGGCGGGGCCAAAGCGAUCAGGUCCUUCAAGCCAGACUUUGUGUUGGUACGCCAACACGCCUUCAGCAUGGCCCAGAACGAAGACUUUAGGAACUUAAUCAUCGGUCUGCAGUAUGCCGGCGUCCCCUCUGUCAACUCGCUGGACUCCAUCUACAAUCUCUGUGACAAACCUUGGGCUUUUUCCCAGUUGAUCAACAAUCAAAAGAGGCUGGGUGCCGACAAAUUCCCUGUCAUUGAUCAGACGUUCUACCCCAACUAUAAGGACAUGAUCACGACGCCAAGUUUUCCCGUCGUGGUGAAGAUCGGACAUGCUCACUCCGGAAUGGGAAAGGUUAAAGUCGACAAUGUGAGCGACUUCCAGGACAUUGCAAGUGUGGUGGCCAUCACUCAGACUUACUGCACAACAGAGCCUUUCGUAGACGCCAAGUACGACAUCAGGGUGCAGAAGAUAGGCGCUGACUAUAAGGCGUACAUGCGAACAUCCAUCUCUGGUAAUUGGAAAAGCAACACCGGCUCCGCCAUGUUGGAGCAAGUAGCCAUGACUGACAAGUAUAAGCUGUGGGUGGAUACCUGCUCAGAGAUCUUUGGCGGGCUGGAUAUUUGCGCCGUCAAGGCCAUUUGUGGCAAGGAUGGCAAUGACUACAUCACUGAGGUGGUGGGCUCGUCUAUGCAGCUGAUCGGUGAUCACCAGGCAGAGGAUCGCCAGCUCAUCUCCGAGGUGGUGCUGGCUAAGAUGAACCAAGCCUUCGCCGCCAAGACAUCCGGCACUUCCCGCUCGCCCGCUCGCUCUCCUCAAGGCCAACAGAGGACGAGCGCUACAGCACCCCCUCAGAGUGCCAGCAAUAAAGACGGGCCACCAGAUGCAAGCAGAACCAGCCAGCGACCUCAACCUCAAGGAGCAUCAGCCAAACCACAGAGUGUGGAUCCGUCAUCAGAGACAGUUAAGAGAUCUUCUGAGCCACCGUCAAAGCCCAGCCAAGCCCAGAAAGCUACUCCAGGUCAAUCCCAGAAACCAUCCCAGCCCCAGAAGCCAAGUCCAGUCCAGAAGGCGGCCUCGGUGACAAAGCCGCCCGUGCAGAGGCCUCCCCCCAUGACACGAGCUCCAUCUGUCACAAAAUCCACUCCAGAUUCCAGCUCAGCUCCUUCCAAAGCGUCUCCAUCUUCCCCAGCUAAGUCGGCAGCAGUCCCGGGUUCCCCUUCAGCUUCAGCCUCUGCACAAGCGUCUGCUCCGACCACAGAGCAGCCCAAGCCCCAGGUCCCGGGAUCCCCCACCCCAGCUCCCGGAAAGCCAAAGGAGCUGCCGCCCAAACCCACGCCUCCCGCCAAGCCCAUCCCUCCCGUGCGCAGGAACUCCAAGCCGCAGCUGCAGCCAAAGCCACAAACCCCGCCUCCACCCAGGGCUCCACCCAAACCCCAGACGACCGCCCCCCAGAACCCGGCACCCACUGAGACCUCAGACAGCGCCUCCUCCGCUGCCUCCUCUCCUGGCCUGGCGCAGGUACAGUCGCCAGCCAAAGCCAGCCAGUCACCACCGAACGUCCAGUCUCCUGCUAAGGCCAAGGCCGCCUCUCCAUCUCAAAACCCUGAGUCCGAAACAGCUGCCGCCCCCGCUGAGGCCCAAGAGGAACAGCCAGCAUCCCAGGCAAAAAGCCAUCCUCUGCUCAAUAAGUCCCAGUCACUGACCAAUGCCUUCAACGCCUUCAGCGACUCCUCCUUCUUCCGCGGAGUCUCCAGCUCCAGCGGGAGCGACGGCCAAGAGGAGGCCAAGGCCGAGACCAUUCGCAACCUCCGAAAGUCCUUCGCCAGCCUUUUCUCUGACUAGAACCCCUCACAUGACCCCCUACCACAUAUAUCUUCUGGCUUUCCACCACCCCCCUUCUCUUUCCCUGUUUGCCAGCGAUGAUUGACAUUUAAAUGUGAAGCAGUCUGAGAUUUGUGUGUUCAAUUUUAAACGUAUUCUGGUCCCUUCCUCUGCCUCCUUCAUGUCAGCUUCUGGGUAGGAUGUUCAGUGCAUGCUGCUGUACCAGGAUAGGUGGAAUGACAGAGUUAUGUCGCUGAUAUACACUCCAAUAGCAUAGAAUAGCGUAGGACAAAAGAGAGAAUAUUUAUUUUCCCACUUGCACACUAAUCUAAACUAUAUGAGAAGUAUCAUACAGUGGAACCUCCAAGGUAGAAAAAUAUGAGAGAGGAAAAGUGUGAUAAUAGCCAUAGAAUAGGAAAAGGAACUUUGGGAAGUGUCGCUCUUAAUUAAAUAUCAAUUACAUAGACUGCUUUAUUUUUUUAUUUUAUUGCAUUAAAAAUGUGCUAUUUUCUGUAUUUCCCAGCCAACAAUAUUGAAUACAGUGGAUACCCGCUUGUUCACAAUUCAGCAUUCAUUGCCCCGUAAAUUCACAAAUUUUUGGUCACAAUUUUUUUGUUUUUGUUUUUUGUGUGUCAAACAUUUUUAUAGGUGUUUCAAUUACUCACGGUUUUUCACCAGUCGCAAGUGGGCCCAGAACCAAAUCCUCGGGAAAAGUGGGCCUCCACUGUACUUGAAUAGUACAUACCGACAAAGCCACCACAAUGCUCAAGACAGCAGUACCUAUAAAACACCACCGGGUGUCACUAUUGCUCUGCAAGCACAUUCUUGUCAAUCGUUUUCAAAGGAGAAGUAAUUUUGCUUUAUAGUUGUUUUAUUAUACUGCAUUUUUAACAUCUCUUUAGAAAAACUUUGGGUGUCAACGUACGACUUUGGAGUUUCCACUUUAUCAGAUACUACAAACAGAAUGUACAUAGAGUAUAUAUACAGUGAACAUUAUUUAAUACAGAAAAAAGUCUAUAUCUACAGUAUAUCUCUAUAUAGAAAUGGAUAUAAGCCAGUAGCUUUUUAUCAGUGACAUAACUCUUAGAAAUCAUGAAGUGGCUGGAUUUAUACGCAUUUUAACCACCAGUGAUAUUUGAUGGGUUCCCUUGUGAUGCAGUAUUUUCGCAGUAAAUCGGUUUUUUGGUCCCUACGUGAAUUUGUCAAGUGUUCCUGUGUAAAUCCAGCCGUGGUGUCUCGUCUUGGCGCCUUCUCCUGUCUCGACGUUCACUGUCCCGCAGUGUGAGGGAGUGUGUGCGCGUGCGUGUGUGUGUAUGUGUGUGUUCAUGUUGUUCUGCAUGGCUCCUCCGUGUGGCUCUCCAGUGACCUUUGGAGCCGUCGGAGCUUCUUCUAUCAGUGUUGACUUUAGCCUUCCAUUGCCUCUCUCCCUCUCUAGAUGUUGUAGCCUUAUUGUGUUUCACAGCUUCGUCGCUUAGCUGUGCAGACCUGAGUCGACUUGAAAUUCAUUCAUCUGCUGCAAAAAGCACGUGAAGUCGUUCGCAGGGCUGGGCGUCCGCCCCGGUGCAAGUGCGCCCUGUCGAGUAAAUGAAUGCAUUUCAAAGAGGAAAAGACGCAUGUCUGUUGCCGUGACUGUUGAGUUCUUGUUUCACCCGUGUGUAGAUCUUUCUACGGUAUUGUCAUUUGUUGAUGAUGCUAUCAUAAAGAAGACAUUGAGACAUUAGUGCAAUAACACCCUGACAUGACUGUUGAGUGCCGUCACCCUUGUGUCCAUAGAAAUAUGAUUGUUUAUCUGUUGAAACUUUCACAUUCCUUGAACUGGAGACACUUUCCAGGUUUUGACAGCAAGAAGCCACACUUACGCUCUGUUUUAAUCCAACUCUUGCUCGUUUCCUUCGGUCAGGUGUUCACACCAGUCCAAAAUGAACUAGAACUGGAUUAAAACAGACUAAAUUGUGCCAGUGUUAUAGCACCCUUUAAAAGUGGAAUAGUUUUUAAUAAAAGAGAACCUAGAGUUUCCAUUGGUCAGGUGUCCAACUCUUGCUCGUUUCCUUUGGUCAGGUGUUCACACCAGACCAAAACGAACUACAAUUGGAUUAAAACAGACCAAAUCUUGCCAGUGUAAGUUCCCUUUAAGAGUGGAAUAGUUUUGAACAAAACUAACUAAAACAAAACUGUUUUGUUUUGUUUUGCUUUGGUCAGGUGUCACUGUGUUCACAUGAGACCAAAUGAAACUAAAACUGGUUUAAAACAGACCAAAGGGUGUCACAGUGAAAGCACCCUUAGAAAAGUGGAUAGAAUUUGAUUUAAAAAUACUAAAUUGUACUAGUGUGGAACCAUCCUUUCAGAGUGGAAUAGCUCUGAGUAAAAGACAACUCGGGCGUUUUCCUUUGGUCAAGUUUGUCACCGUGUUCACACCAGACCACAACAAACUACAACUGGAUUAAAACAGACCAAAUCAUGCCAGUGUAAGCUCCCUUUAAGAGUGGAGUAGUUCUGAAUAAAUGCCAGCCUGGGUGUUUUCUUUUGGUCAGGUGUCACCGUGUUCACAUCAGACCAAAUGGAAGUAGAUCUGGAUUAAAACAGACAAACGGGUGUCAGAGUGAAAGCACCCUUAGAAGAGUGGAUAGAGCUGGAUUUAAACAGACUAAAUUGUGAAAGCACCUUCAGAAGAGUGCAAUAGUUCUGAAUAAAAGCCAGCUUGGGUGCUUUCCUUUGGUCAGGUGUGUCACUGUGUUCACACCGGACCAAAACAAACUAGAUCUGGCUUAAAACACAGUAAACUAUGCCGGUGUAAAAGCACCCUUUAAGACUGGAAUAGUUUUGAAUAAAAGUAUGAAAACAAAAGAGUGUUUUCCUUUGGUCGAGUGUCACUGUGUUCACAUCAGACCAAAUGGAACUAAAACUAGAUUAAAACAGACAAAAGGGUGUCAGUGAAAACACCCUUAGAUGAGGGGAUGGAAGUGGAUUAAAACUGACUAAAUAGUGGUAGUGUGAAAGCACCCUUUUAAGAGAAGAAUAGUUUAGAAUAAAAGACAACCUAGGUGUUUUCAUUUGGUCAGGUAUCAGUGUGUUCACAUCAGACCAAAAUGAAGUACAACUAGAUUAAAACCGACUAAAUCGUGCUGGUGUAAAAGUUAACAGUGGAAUAGUUCUGAAUAAGACAGCUUGGGUGUUUUCCUUUGGUCAGGUAUCAGUGUUUACACUGGACCUAAACGAUGUAGAACCGGAUUAAAACGGACUAAUGUGAACGCACCCUUUACGAGUGGUAUGGUUUGGAAUAAAAGACAGCCUGGAAAGCAUCCCGACCUGUCAGCUUAUGUCCCUUGUCAUGUUGCCAAUAAGUAACCUUAUCGUAUGUAUGAAUGUUUAUAUGUACGUAUGUAUGGAUGGAUGUACUGUAUGUACAGAUGGGUGACAAAAAAAAAAGAAUAAAACAGCCAAGAUAGGUAAUAAAUGCGGAUGUGUCUGGUAAUUAUUGAUGAAAAUAGUCACCCCAGCCGCUGUAAUUGUGUUAUUUAUUGUCACCACCAUGAUGGAAAUAGUAUAAAACGGUCCUUAAAAGAUGACUUUCAAGCUCGCCCCUGUCGCCUUACUGACGCGUCGAUCAUGUUGGUUGUAAACUUUCACUUGUCACCCAUCUGUAUGUGCCAUCUCAGGAGGGGUUUUUUUUGUACUAAAUUUAUUUAUUUAUUUUUUGGAGGCUCCAUAGCUACAGUAUAGUUGUACAAAAAAAAAUGUUUUUUGUUUUGUAGUGUGUUUAUAUUUGUAACGCAUUCGCGCUUUGCAUGAUCUGGUGACUGAUGAUGCUUUAUUUUAAUGUACAGAGUAAAAGUUAAUAAUAAAGGUGUGGCUCCAUCAUUCCAAGUCAAUGUCAUGCU